AUGGAAUACCCAUUUUAUCUUUCAGAUUACCAAGAUAAACCCUCAUCAGAUACAUUAACUUAUGAUGGUAUUUGUCCUCUAAUACCACCACCAUUUUCUAUUGGUGCCUGUGUUGAUCAAUGUAGUAGCGAUUCAGAAUGUUUAGAUGGUUUGAAGUGCUGCAAUACUGGUUGUGGUCAUAUGUGUUUAGAAGCAGAAGCACCAAGACCGAAAUUUGCAUGUCCGAUACCGACAGAAUCUCCAUUUGGUUUAUGUGUGGACGUUUGUACGUUUGAAUCCGACUGUAAGCCCCAUGAACGAUGUUGUAGUAAUGGUUGCGGCCAUGUUUGUAUGUCAGCACAAGAGGUUUCACUAGCUAUGACAUCAUUUAAAACUAAAGCGUCCAUUCGACCAGGGUAUUGCCCAGCCGAGAAAUCCAUACGUUAUAUUGAGUGUAGUGAAAAAGAACAAUGUACCAAAGAUAGUGAUUGUUUUGGAAUUAGAAAAUGUUGUUUUAGUGAACAGUGUGGCUACAUAUGUUCGAAUCCUAGGAAAAAAAAGCCGGGAUACUGUCGACCACCAACAUUGGGAUUUGGAGGCAUCUGCAUUUCAAGAUGUAAUGAUGAUUCUCAAUGCCCGGGAUUACAGAAAUGUUGUAGCAAUGGAUGUGGAAGGACAUGUCAAAAUGUAUUACAUCAGCAAAUCGAAGUUAAACCAGGCUCGUGUCCAGUUAUCAUAAGACGCCGUAGCGGACGUUGUGGUCGACCAUGUUCAUCCGAUUCAGAUUGUUCUGGAUCACAAAAAUGUUGUGAAAGUGGUGGUUGUGGAAGACUCUGCAGAAAUCCUGUCAAUGGUCCCGGAAUAUGUCCUUUUUGGAACCCCAAUUGCAAUUUACUCCAGUAA